AUGUUCUAUACGCGGGGAACAAGAGACGACUAUGAUAGGAUUGCGAAUGUGACAGAAGACGAGGGCUGGUCUUGGGAUCACCUCUUUCUGUAUAUGCUCAAGAGCGAGCGGUGGACGGCACCCUCGGACGGCCACAACACAACUGGCCAGUUCGAUCCUUCCGUGCACAGAUCUUCAGGCAUCGAAUUCCGUGGCCCUGAGCGCGGGAAUGCCGUUCAAUCUGGACAUGAACUCGGGCAAUCCACUGGGGAUAGGCUGGAAGAAAGAACAGGAUGGAAGCAAGCCAUCACAACAAAUGGUCUCAGAAGCAGUGCCGCGACAUCCUAUCUGGCGCCCAACUUCAUCAACCGACCCAAUCUUCACGUUGUCCUCAACACUCAAGUCACACGCGUUCUUUCGCAUAAAGACGCGUUGUCGUUCACGACCGUGGAGUACAUCACAGCCCAAGGGAACCGAUCCACCAUUACAGCAGGAAAAGAGGUCAUCCUGUCUGCCGGCGCUGUAGGCACUCCGCAUAUCUUGCUUCACUCGGGGAUCGGGGAUGCCCACGCACUUUCAAAGCUUGGCAUCUGGCCCGUGCACAAUCUACCCUCUGUCGGCCAAAAUCUCACGGACCAUCCUGCCCUGCACACGUUGUGGCUGGUGAACUCGACCAACACGUACGAGACCCUGAAACGGAACGCCACCGUCGCUGUGGCGGCACUCGCAGAGUGGACUCAGAUGAAGCAGGGUCCACUGGUCACUGGCCCCGGAAGCCACAUUGGCUGGGCACGUGUCUCAGGCAACGAUUCGACAAUCUUCGACAACACCGCUGACUCCUCUGCGGGCCCAACCUCGCCGCACUUCGAGCUCAUCUUUGCGCCUGGUUCUUUGGGACCUCCCCCACCGACUGGAAACUUGAUGGGCUGCACUUCGAUUGUUGUUUCUCCAUCAUCUCCUGCACCCGCCUUCUCUGACUACGUCAUCACACAGCUGGGUUACAAUGCCACAGCCACCGACGCCGAUCUCGACACGUUCAUCCAGGAACAAGUGGGGUCUAUAUUCCAUCCUGUAGGUACUGCGGCAAUGACCAAGCGGGGAGCGGAUUACGGUGUUGUGGAUCCUGAUUUAUUGGUCAAGGGAUUGAAAGCGUUAAGAGUGGUAGAUCUGUCCGUUUUGGUUAGUGAGCAGGCCUUGAUCCAGUAUCGACGGGCAAUUGCUGACAAUCGCGAUGGCCAUUUGUUCCUGCUGCACACACCCAGGCGGCGGCAUAUUUUAUCGGGGAACGAGCUUCUGAUCUGA